ACUCACUAGAUGGCGUAACCGUCUGCUGUCUACUUUUGACGUUUAUACCAAUUUUAAGAAAUUUUAAUAAAAAAAUAGUAUUUAAAAUAUGGGUAUUACCGAACAAACCUAUUUACCCACGGAAGAAGAACUAACAGUUCAAGAAGUAAACGUUUCUGGUCCAGUUUUAAAAGCUGGAGCUCACCACUUAGGAAACGACUGUCUCCAUGAAAAUAAUGAAUUUAUGUUAUGUCGUAAUGAAACGAAUGAUCCCCGUAAGUGUAUUGCUGAAGGAAAAGCCGUAACCAACUGUGCUCUAAAUUUCUUCCGAAAAGUUAAGAGUUCUUGUGCUGAUGAGUUUAUGCAAUAUGUUAAUUGUAUAGACAAAUCAAGUUCAUACCAGUUAUUUGCUCCAUGUCGCAAAACGCAGGGGGUGUUUGAUAAAUGCAUGAAAGAUCAAUUGGGAAUGGAAAGACCCCCUUACGAUCAAUUUGCUAGGGUGCAAGUUCAUCAUACUGAAAGACCUAAACCGGAAGUUGAACCUCCAGCGGUUUAUGCAGAUGCACCUCAGUUUCUACCUGAAAAUGUUGAAAAACCACCAGCGAAAUAUGGUUCUCGUGUCCACUGGAUGUGGUAGAAAAAUAUUACCAAGUCUUUUAGAAUUUUAAAAUUGAUUCUGGAGACUUUAGUAUUGUUGUUGUUUAUUUAGUAAAAAUGUAAAUAUAAAAUAUACAAAAC